AUGCGAUCAAGCGCACAAUUGACUUUAGUGCAUCCGCGACUGAUGGCUCGACGCACCCGCAGCGACGAUGAUGCAGAUCUCCCUGUUGCCAAAGCGCCCCGGAGGCUGCUACAGCCGGAAAUGAUAGCGAAAAUAAUCCGGACGGUGCUAUCACGUGAGCUCCGCGGGCAAGUGAUUCGUCGAGAACACCUUCUUCAGGCAGUUUCCGGAUCUCGAGUCGGAUUUGACGCACUUUUGAAUCUGGUUCAGGAAGAAUUGGCGGAAGUUUACGGAAUGAAGUUGGUUGCGGUAGACGUAGAAUCGGCUCCCCAAUCGAAAAAUCGGCCAAAACCGAAAUAUAUCAUGGUUAACAUCCUUGCACCAGCUACUCGGUCGGUAUUAGGACAAUUAUGGCAGCGACGAACCGGAAAAAUCACCGGUCACAAUCGAACGUUCCUGGACCCUCGGUUUUUGUUGCCCAGACAUGGUCGAACAGGGGUGGCAGGAAGUAACCACGAGCUGGUGUUUGGAGGUGUGGCCUUUGCCGUUAUCGUGCUUAUCGUGGUGGGGGAAAACCACCUUCUGGAGCAGGAUCUUCAUGCACGAUUGCAGCAAUGGGGAAUUCCGAGGGAAGAAAAUGCCGUUAACAGCAAUUUGGAAAUGGGGAUUUCCGGGGUGGUGGCCGAGCUUGAGAAGCUAGGAUAUAUCCAGAAAGACACCCCUCAAUCGUACAAACUCGGAGACCGGUCAAUGGCGGAAUUCGGACCGAAAUCCAUGUUUUCUGCUAUUGGAUCGAUUUACGGAACUGCAUUUGGCCCGCAGGAACGAGAGCGUGCGUUAGUGACGGUGCUGCGGGUGUGGCCUGGUGCAGUGAUUUCACCUCAUAUGAUGUCCGAAACGGGCAGGAAUGGUGAUGCAGCGGCCAAUGGUGAUGGCGAAGGUGAAACCGAGUCAAAUGAAGCAUCUGCCACUAAUGGUGAAGGGGUGGACACGUGA